UUGUUUUACUCAGCUGAGGCCAGAGCUGAGUGGUAAAAGGAAUUAAAUUCCGGUCUCAGUCGUCACUACACGGGCGUUAGUCUGACGGACUCCUUUGUUCUGUGUUUUCUUUCGUGUAUAUAUAUAUUUUUGAAGACAUGUCAACGCGACUAUUUCCGAAUAUGGAAGAAAUUUCUCAGGGAACUCAGGUGGACACUCAAAGACCAUAUAUGGCAAGGAAAAGGCACGACAGUGAGCAGUCAUUAUGCAGCGUACCAGAGUCCAAUGAUCUGGAGGCGGCAGAAGCCCUUGUCUGCAUGAGUUCAUGGUUUCAGUCAACCCAAAGACCCAGCAGCUUGAAACCUCGUCCUCUGACCCCGGCCUCUGAUUCCUGUGACUCCCUCCUGCACCCUGAACCCCCAGAGACCCCUGGAGACUUUGUUUCACUCUCCACUUUGUGUAUGACGCCGCCACACAGCCCCAGUUUUGUUGAGACCACUGCUCACACCCCAGUGGCCACGUCAUCCUGCCCUCUGAAAAAAACUUGCACCAGUGUUGUCAGUCCCAGUCACCAGCAACCUUCUGUGACCUCUUGUGCUGAGAUGUCACCUCCCAUGUGGUUUCCUCCAAAUGAGAAACCUUCCUCCCAACCAGGCAGAGCCAUGGCUACUAGCGUAAUCCGGCAUACAGCUGACAGUUCAGUUUACCAGAACAUUCCAUACGCUAUCCAACGUCAUCAGUCAGCCACCACAAACAUUCAGCCACCAAAACAGCCAACACAGUCAGAGUUUCCCUUAUCAGCCUCUUCGCCAUGCCAGUCCCAUACAUCCAGCACCUCAUCAGAAACGUCUCAGAACAGCAGCAACCGAUCCUCUAGUGACAAGUUCCCUUUCAAAUACACUUCCAGUUCACCACUUCCCACGGCCACUCCACCCAUUAUAUGCCAGAUGUUCCCAGUGGCUCAACCAGGACUUAUAUCAACAGCGUUUAUCCAGAGUCCAAAGUCUUUCCUGCCACAGCCAAUUUUUGUUGGUUCGUCAGUUCCACAAGGUACUGUGAUGCUGGUGAUGCCUCAAGCAUCGGUGGCUCAGACACCACAAUGCCCACAGCAGGCCGUUGUGACCGUGGGCAACACUAAACUGCUGCCUCUGGCACCAGCACCAAUAUACCUACCCUCAGGGCAGAGUUGUGCCACGCAAUCAGAGUUCUCCCGUAGGCGCAACUAUGUCUGCAGCUUCCCUGGCUGCAGGAAGACCUAUUUCAAGAGCUCUCACCUCAAGGCACACCUUAGAACUCACACAGGUGAGAAGCCAUUCAGCUGUAACUGGGAGGGCUGUGACAAAAAAUUUGCACGUUCUGAUGAACUCUCUCGUCACCGGCGAACACACACCGGUGAGAAAAAAUUUGUCUGUCCUGUUUGCGACAGACGCUUCAUGCGCAGUGACCACCUUACUAAACACGCUCGCCGUCACAUGACCACCAAGAAGAUCCCCUCCUGGCAAACAGAGGUUCGAAAUCUCAACAAGAUAACGACAGCCAAGGCUCUACCAAUCAGCAUGUUGUUACCGGCCUCAAAUUAAAUCCGAUUGGAGCAAGUCAUACAGAGACUCUUUUUUGAAACUAUAAAGCUGCUAAUUCUCAUGGAUAAACAUAGACAUGCACUGGACUCUCUCUUUGUUUUCUGUUCUGCUCUUUUUGUACACUUUGUAAUGAACACAAUGUUUUGUUUACUCACUUGUUAUAAUCAUUCAUGCACUCUUUUUUGCCAAAGUCUUUGUACGAUGUUUGUCUUAAUUAAAUGUUUAUGUAUAUAUACAAUUGUAUUCUGUUGGAAAUAAAUAGCCAAUUCCUUAAAUCUUAAAUACAGGAAAAUUAUGAAAACUCAUGGAUCUUCUUAUGGAUAAUUAUCUGAACUGUGCUAAUGAUAUUAUUUUCAUUAUUUAAUACUCAUUUUCAGUAAACAGUGAUAAAUUA